CUCCCCAAUUUCGAAUUUGAAUUUAUUUAUGACUCUGCACUACCCGUUGUUUAACGAUUUAUUGUAAAAUACCAUAUUCUAUUUUAAUCGAGACAAUUUCCAUUAACUGAUAAGCUUUUCAGUUUCUCAGUGUAUUCAUAUACAAGCCACUGCGGCCUAAUCGAUUAUGACAUUUCGAUCACUGCGCACCAAACAAAGUAUAAACAUUAGUGGCACACAUAAUCAUGAAGGGUAGAGAGCAAUAACAGUACUUUCUUCAUACGAGGUUUCAAACAUUUUCCGACGCAAUGGUUUUGGCUGUCGCCAUAUUUGUCUUAGUCGCAUUAAGCGCUGCCACUACACAGGAGCAGAAUACCGAGCAGUUGUAUGGUGACAUUUAUUACGAGAUCGGCAGUUUUUCCCUGCAUUAUCCAGGAGAUCCAGGAGAAAAUGGUAAUCGCUGUCAGCGCGAAGUGCCCGCACGCUAUUUCCAAACCGCGCCCGAUGCGCCCAUAAACGGCAAUGGCUCCACUGUUCAUUGGCAACGCAUUGAAGUGUGCUGCGAAGGCUACACACGUUCGCGCUUCGAUCGCGACCAAUGCGUACCAGAUUGUGCGGCUGUCUCACCAAACAACUGUCGCAACGGCUUCUGCCGUGCGCCCAAUCAAUGCGAAUGCUUUGCGGAGUUCGUACGCAACCAGUGCGGCGAAUGUGUGCACACUUGCCCGAUUGCCUGCGACCACGGGCGCUGCUUCUUAAAUGGCACGUGCCAGUGCGAUGCUGGUUAUACGUUGGACUUAGAAACGAGUAAGUUCUGUCGCCCCAAGUGUCCGCAAAAGUGUGGCACACAUCAGGUGUGUAUUGCGCCGGGUAGGUGCGCCUGUGUAGAUGGCUACAAAAUGACACCCGAUUUGGGCUGCCAACCGGUUUGUAUACCCGAUUGUGGGCAUGGCAAAUGCGUUGGUCCGAACAAAUGUGAGUGUUUUCAAGGUUACCAUAAGCGGCCCAUGCGAAAUGUGUGCGAAGCAGAUUGCUAUAUAAGCUGCGAAAAUGGUUUCUGUGAGUCACGCAAUAAUUGCCAGUGUCGAGAGGGUUACAAAUAUGAUGUGGACACUACCAGUUGCUUGCCCGAUUGUGGUGACAGUUGCCGUGAUGGUGUUUGCAUUGGACCUGGGGUGUGCAAAUGUUUCGAGGGCUAUGAGUAUAGAGAACCCAGUUGUGAACCCAUAUGCAAGACUAACUGUGGAUACUAUGGCGAUUGCUUAGAACCUGGAAUUUGUGGUUGCAGGCGAACUGGCCAACUGUGUAGAUCGGGAAUUUGUGACCCAAGUGGACAUUGUGUUUGUCCGAUUGCGUUGACGCAUUUCAUAGACAGAUGCGUAGAAAUGAACCAAUUGUAUGACCUGGUGACCGCCAACGCGCAGGACUUUAAUCGGCUGUUGAGGCGUGAAUUCAAGACGCUCAUAGGACGUCACUUUCAUUUUAAGCAUUAAGUCAACUAAAUAAGUUUUACUUUUAUUAAUAUAAAUAUAUUUUGCUCUUUUUACAACAAA